GUGAUGAUGUGGUGUUUUAUUUAGGUAAGAGGAUCUUGCACAUGAAGCUUUUGGUCACCUUAUUACUCCUUUUGGUGAUUAUAUAUACACCCUUAAUUCUUCUUCUUCUUCCCAUUUUCAUUUGUGCAUUAUGGAAUUAUAUGCUUGUGGUUGCCUUUCUAUUCAAAGGAAGUCAUGAGUUCCAAUUCUAACAAGUUGAACCAAAGUAGCAUGCUUCUUGCAAAGAAAUCAAUGAGUGAGACUAAUGAUCAAGGAGAAGUCUUGAAGAUUAAUGGAAACACAAUUUCUAUGAAAAACUAUGCACUUUCAUCUGAAGAGCAGAACAAGCUUAUUUGUGAGAUACAAAGUGCUCUAAAUGAUCAAAACCACGUUAUUGAUAAUGACAAGUUACGGUUAGUUAUAAACACAAUCAUGAAACACUGUUUUGAAUUAUUACAGAUGAAAACACGUUCUGCAAAUGUAGAUGUCUUCAAUGUUGGUUCUGCUACAACAUGUGAACGUAAUCUAUGGUGGAUUGGAGGCUUUCGCCCUUCUCAACUUCUUCAGAUUAUUCUGCCUCAAGUUCAACAUAUGUGCAGCCAGCAACAACUUGGUGUUAUUUAUGAUCUUGGACAAUCAUGUCAAGUAGCAGAAUAUGCUCUUGCACAAGGCAUGGUAAGACUCCAGCAAAAUAUUGAUAAAGCAACACCAACAGAUGACAAAGAGUUUCAACUGACGUAUGUACAUCAACAACUAUGCUUCUUCAAGCAGGCUGAUAAUCUUCGCCAGGAAUUCCUGCAUCAAUUUUCUCGUCUCCUUACAAUUUCUCAGCAAGCUGAAUUCAUAGUUGCUCUCAAGGAACAUCUGCAUAAUCCGCAGUCUCGGAGGAGCUCACUUUGAGAAUUCUCAAGACUCAAGACAAAGGAAAUGAUACUAUAAUAUAAUAAUAUAAAUUAAAUAAACUUUAUUUGCAUCCAAUUAAUUUGGUAUCAAUGUGUGUCCUAUAAAUGUAUUUGUAAUGAGAAAUGUUAGUAACAUACUCAAUUGCAUAUACUUUUCACUUUUCUAUGUAGUCUAUUUUAUUGGUCGCAUUUCAUGAGUUCCUUCAAAUUUAUGUGAAAUCAAGUAAUUUAGUGAGACUCAUUUCUAGACAUAACAGAACCAAUUUAAAUUUGAAAGUGUAUUAAGAAAAUAUGUUAAGAGUGUGUUGAUUGCUCCUUUUUUGUAA